AUGAACAUAUCUGAGGGGAACAAUCUGACUGUGGACAAAUAUUUUUUCCUCUUAGGAUUCCAGUCCAGCAAAUAUUCAAAUAUUGUCCUGUUCUGUCUUCUUCUGUUUGUUUAUUGUGGGACAAUAUGUGGGAAUCUCCUGAUCAUCACCCUGGUGUCCACCUGCAAGAACCUCCACACCCCAAUGUACUUCUUCAUCUCACAUCUGUCCAUCAGUGACAUCUUGUUGACCACAGAUAUUGUCCCUAAUAUGCUUCGAAUCCUACUGAAUCAUGGGGGGACCAUGACUUUUAUAAGUUGCCUGACUCAGUUUUAUUUUUUCUUAGUCUCGGAAGGAUUUGAAUGUCUUCUUCUCACUGUGAUGUCUUAUGACAGAUAUGUGGCCAUCUGUAAUCCUCUCCGUUACUCCUCUAUAAUAACAAGUGGACGUUGUGUGGUAUUGGCCGCCAUAUGUUGGGUGUUAGGUCUUUCCAUUGCACUGAUUUACACCAUAACAGUAUCGAUGCUGAAGUUUUGUGGACCUAAUAUCAUUGACCAUCUUUACUGUGAUCUUGUGCCUUUAGUAGAACUCGCCUGCUCCAGUACUUAUGCUCUUGAGUUAGAGGUCUAUGUAAUGUGUUUCCUUGUGCUGGUAAUCCCCAUCACAAUAAUUAUCAUAUCUUACGGUAAUAUUAUUGUCACCAUCUUACGGUUCCAAUCCAAUAUCAGUAGACAGAAAGCCUUCUCCACCUGUAGCUCCCACCUCAUUGUGGUCUCCAUAUUCUACAUUACUCUACUGAGCGUUUAUCUUUUCCCAAAAGAAGGAAAAAGCAUGAACCUUAGUAAAGUCAUAUCCCUGUUAUAUACUGUAUUUACUCCUCUGAUCAACCCCAUUAUAUACAGUCUGAGGAACAAAGACAUUAAAAAAUCUCUACAGGAAAUAGUGAAAAAACAUGGAAUCUUUAGCAAAGCUUUGGAUUUAACCUGUAGAGGAGACAGGUAUGCCCUGAACAUCUGGUACUUAGCACACCAGGAUAUACCUGUACUUCUGGACCCAAAUGUGGCUAUGAAUAUAACAUAA